AUUUUUCAGUUUUCAACAUUUUCAAGUUCCAGUCCUCUAAUGAACGUUAUUCAAGGACAAUAAACAUUUUUUUUCUGCGACUUUUAUAAACCUAUUGAUAAAAAAAGAGAAAGUCAACUAAUUGUGGAAGGAGAGAGAAAGAUUUAAGAGGAUUAGAUCAGUGUUUAAGUAAUACACCUUUUCUUUCAUUACAUACUAAAGAAAAUUUCUGACUUGCACACAUAACCAAAAAGAAACUGGAGAAAAUGUCUUCCCUAAAUUUACGACGACGAUCAACGGAGGACAGUCUGAAUUUUAUCAGGCAGUCCUUAAAAUCCGAAGAAAUGGAUCAUUUGGAAGGGACUCAUUUCGAUUCCUCUUUUCCUCAUGUGUUCGUGACCCUCGGUGCUUCUGGUGAUUUGGCGAAGAAGAAAAUCUAUCCGACCCUCUGGUGGUUAUUUCGAGAUAAUUUACUGCCAAAAACGACAACUUUUUUCGGUUACGCCAGAAGUAAUUUAACAGUUCAAGAUUUACGACAAAAUUGUGAAAAAUACAUGAAAGUAAAGCCCGGAGACGAAGACAGAUACGAGGAAUUUUGGAAAUUAAAUUAUUACGUCGCUGGUUCUUACAAUACUCGAAGGGAUUUUGAAUUGCUCAAUCAGCAACUUGAGAAUCAUGAAAAAGGACAAAAUGCACACAGAUUAUUUUACCUGGCUUUACCACCGAGUGUUUUCGAAUCUGUUACGGUUCACAUCAGAAACACUUGUAUGGGAAAAAAAGGAUGGACGAGAAUAAUAAUAGAAAAGCCGUUUGGAAAGGAUGCUGUGACUUCUCAACAAUUAUCCGAUCAUUUGUCGAGUCUCUUUAGAGAAGAUCAAUUAUAUCGCAUUGAUCAUUAUCUUGGAAAAGAAAUGGUUCAAAAUUUAAUGACAUUGAGAUUUGGAAAUCGUAUUUUCAGUCCAACUUGGAAUCGAGACAGUGUGGCGUCGGUGCAAAUUACUUUUAAGGAACCAUUCGGAACUCAAGGCAGAGGUGGUUAUUUCGAUGAAUUUGGAAUAAUUCGCGAUGUCAUGCAAAAUCAUUUAUUGCAAAUAUUGUCAUUAUUUGCCAUGGAGAAGCCGGCCUCGUGUCAACCGGACGAUAUUAGAAAUGAAAAAGUGAAAGUUUUGAAGUGCAUAAAACCAGUUGAAAUUGAUGAUGUCGUUCUUGGCCAAUAUGUCGGCGAUCCGGAAGCUAAUGACGAGGAAGGAAAAUUAGGAUACCUUGAUGAUUCGACAGUUCCUGAAAAUUCGAAUACUCCCACAUUUGCACUUGCAGUAUUGAAAAUUCAAAAUGAACGAUGGGACGGCAUUCCCUUUAUUUUAAGAUGUGGAAAAGCUUUAAACGAACGCAAAGCAGAAAUUCGAGUCCAGUAUCAGGACGUUCCAGGCGAUAUUUUCGAUGGUAAAGCAAAAAGAAAUGAACUUGUUAUUAGAGUUCAGCCUGGUGAAGCUCUUUAUAUAAAAAUGAUGACCAAAUCGCCGGGUAUUACUUUCGAUAUGGAGGAAACAGAACUAGAUUUAACUUAUGGCAGUAGAUAUAAGGGCCUGAAACUUCCCGAUGCUUACGAAAGACUGAUUUUGGACGUUUUCUGCGGAUCCCAAAUGCAUUUUGUUCGAAGCGAUGAAUUAUCAGAAGCUUGGAGAAUCUUCACUCCACUUUUGCAUCGAAUUGAGAAUGAAAAAAUUCGUCCAAUAACCUACAAAUAUGGUUCCCGUGGACCGAAAGAAGCCGAUGAAAAGGCGAGAGACAAUAACUUUAUUUAUUAUGGAUCUUAUAAAUGGGUGCAUCCGCAUCAUCACUGAAUUUAGAAUUUUUUAUUUAAGUAUAACAAAAAGUACACAACAAAAAGAGAAAAA